UGUGCUGUCCUUCCUUCAGAUGUUGAGUGGUUUGGCAUCGAACACAGGACUUUUUCUGGAGUAAUCAUAAGCUUGGAUUGGACGAUUGGAAAUAUUCUUCUGGUUGGCAUUGCGUACUUUAUAAAAGACUGGAGGAUGCUCAUCUUGGCAGUGACUUCUCCCUUGAUACUCGCCCUGAUUGCUUGGAGAUGGCUUCCAGAGUCUGCCAGGUGGCUGCUGGCAAACGGGAAGGCGGACGCCGCUCAUUAUUACGUAACGCAAUGUGCCAAGACUAACAACAGAACCAAGGUCAUGGCCACCGUCACAUCUGCGGAUUUACUGCAAUCUGCUCAAGUUGAAAACAGAGAAAAUAAAUACAGCAUUGUGGAUCUUUUCAAGACCCCAAAUAUCCGGAAACUCUCCAUAUGCUUAGGAAUAGUAUGGUAUGGAGUUGCCUUCACAUACUACGGGAUAAGUCUGAAUAUCACUGGGUUCGGACUAAACCCAUAUCUCACACAAUUCAUAUUUGCAUCCAUCGAAAUGCCCAUGAAGAUCGGUGUGUAUUUCUACCUGGAGAAAAUUGGCCGAAGGUCCGGUGAGGUGGGAGCCCUGCUGACGACGGGGCUCUGCCUCUUCAUCAACUUAUUCGUUACACAAGAUAAGUGGAUCGUUCGUACUGUGGUGGCCGUCCUGGGUAAAUCGUUGUCUGAAGCCUCGUUCACCAUUCUGUUCCUCUACACAACUGAACUCUUCCCUACAGUCGUACGGUGAGAACAAAUCCUUUUUCUUAU